AUGCCCACCACACGAGGUCAGGUUUUCAAUAAGAGCUCACGAAUUGGCUGCUCACUUACACUAGGAUUGUCCCGACUCAUUCUCCAGUCCUUCAUUUCGUCCAUAGAACAGGAUACCCAUGGUCCUAUCGGCCAUCCUGAAUGCUGCGCCUAUCAACGUGCUGCGAAACAAGGACGGUCUUCCAUCCUCGCCAUAGGCACUCGACUGGGAUCUGUCCACGUAUUUGAUACCUCCCGUCCACGGACAGACGGAUAUCGAGGUUCGUCUCGGCUACUCGCAAGCACCGACACAAAUUCCAACCUAGUCGUGGACCUCCAAUGGAACACCAGCGAUAGCCUCCUGGCGGCAGCAUGUGCUGAUCCGUACUAUGCCAUCGUACUUCUCGAUCCCGAGACAGGCACUGUGUCAUGCACUUUGACAGGACACACGCUUUCUGCCAAAGCGGUAGCCUGGAGCCCCGUUCACCCGAUGCUAUUGAUGACGGGGGGACGAGACGGAACGAUACGCCUGUGGGAUAUUCGAUGUAGAGAAAGAACGUGGGAGAGUGAAUCCGUAUCGCCCAUCACCAGUAUCGUCGGUGCCCACGAACAAUGGGACCACUCAGACCGAAGGACGCUGCAGCAUGUUCUGGGUCCCUGUCACAAAACAAUAACCAGUCUCACCUACGAUUGUUAUGACGAUUAUCAUCUUAUUAGUGGAGGAUCAUUCAAUGGGUGCUUUAAUGUAAUGUACAACAUCCUUCAACGAUGGAACACGCGGUUUUUAUCUGAUGACUAUUCCCGAUCACCAGCCCGACCUAUCUUAUCAUCUUGCCACGAUCCUACCACCAUCUCUAACAGGAAGCAUCCUCGAGGCGUAGUCUCCCUUUGCCAAGGGAUAAACGGAACCUCCACGGUAAUCUUCACACUUAGCAUGGACUCGAGCAUUCACACAUACUCCCGACUGGAUUUACAACCCAUAGGCACACCCUACAAACAUCCCGCAAUGCUCACGAAUUCUUUUGGCGCGGGGCUGGCAUUGUCACCUUGCGGACGUUGGAUUGCUUGUAGCUCAGUCUCUGCAGAGGCAAGAGUUUACUUAUUUGAUGUCCAAAAUGUUACUCGCAUGUGGGAGAUGAAUGAUAGGGGUGUGGAGUUGCGAGGAGUGUUUGGGAGGGCUGGGAAACUGGACUGGGGCGAGAUGGAAUUAGCAGUAAAUAACCACUCUGGGGCAGUUUCAAUCUGGCGACCAAGUCCCGCGGUUUAUUGA